UUACUUAAAUUUGCCAUCCUAACCUUGAACAUUUUCUUUAUUUGUCCCUUUCCGAGCAAAGUGUCAGCAAAGAAGUAAAUGUUUUUUUUUUUUUUUGGUUCCUCAGCAUCCUAAGACUUCACAAAACAGUCUUUGGGUCCUGUCUUUCUCUUUCUGAAAAGAGAUUUUUUUUUUUUUCACUUACUCUCUCUAAAAACACCUAUAUUUCUAUAUUUCUAUGAAAACUUUCCCUUUUCAUGAGGUCUUUCUGGUUCUCUGCAAACCUUUUUUCUGUUUCUAAACUGAGCUAUCUUUAAAACCCAAAUGUCAAAAUUGUUUCUUUUUUGCGAAUUUUCAUGAAAUUUGUAGCUUUUAUUUCAUAACAAAGCCAUUUCACCAUCAAAGAUCUGUCUUUUGAGGAGGUAACAAUGAAGACUGCAACUCUGCUUGACUCAGUGGUGUUCCAACUCACACCAACUCGAACUAGGUGUGAUUUGGUGAUAUCUGCAAAUGGGAAGACAGAGAAAAUGGCUUCAGGUUUGCUUAAUCCAUUUCUCCCCCAUUUGAAGACUGCACAAGAGCAGAUGGCUAAGGGGGGUUAUUCAAUUAUUCUUAAACCAGACCCCAACAUUGAUGCAACUUGGUUUACAAAAGGAACAAUGGAAAAGUUUGUUCGAUUUGUUAGUACUCCAGAGAUUUUGGAACGAGUGUAUACCAUCGAAUCUGAAAUUUUGCAGAUUGAAGAGGCUAUUGCAAUUCAAAGCAACAACAAUAUAGGAUUGAGUGCUGUAGAAGAACAUCCAGUGAAACCUUUGGAAAGCAUAGAAGGCAGCAGGGUUACACCAGAUUCCAAUGAGGAGAAAGCCAUUGUCCUUUACACGCCUGGCACUCCACCACCUGAAGCGAACGGGUCUACUGUGAAGGAGGGAAAUUCUAAACUUCAACUUUUGAAAGUCCUGGAGACAAGGAAGACAGUGCUGCAGAAAGAGCAAGGAAUGGCCUUUGCACGUGCUGUAGCUGCUGGUUUUGACAUUGACCACAUGGCACCUUUGAUGUCAUUUGCUGAAAGUUUUGGAGCCUCUCGCUUGAGGGAUGCUUGUGUAAAAUUUACUGAAUUAUGGAAAAGAAAGCAUGAAACUGGCCAGUGGCUUGAAAUUGAAGCAGCUGAAGCAAUAUCUAGUCAAUCUGAUUUCUCUGCUAUGAAUGCAACUGGCAUUGUGUUUUCAGAAAACAAUGGAAAAGCUGGUGUUGAGUCAAGUACAGAUGAGAAGCCUCCCAUGGAUCAAUGGACCCCUGGCCGCCAAGAAUAUUACCAGGCCCAGUUUCCACAUACCAUGUUUCCUCCCUGGCCUAUCCAUUCUCCACCAGGUGGUAUGCCAACCUUUCAAGGAUAUCCUAUGCAAGGCAUGCCCUACUACCCAAACUAUCCAGGAGGUGGCCCAUUCUUUCAGCAACCUUAUCCAUCAAUGGAGGAUCCAAGAUUCAAUGCUGGUCAAAGAAUACAGAAACGACAUUCAAUGGAUAGCAGAGAUAGCCAUAAUGGAUCUGAUACCUGGGAAAUGGAGAGAGCAAAAUCCCAAGAUGACGAGGAGUUGGAGAAUGAAACUUCACUAAGUCCAAAAUCAAGAAAAAAAAGCAGCAGGUCAGGUAAAAAGCCGUCAGGAAUGGUGGUCAUUCGGAACAUCAAUUAUAUCACUUCAAAGAGGCAAAACUCUUCAGGUAGUGAUUCGCAGUCGCAUUCUGGCUCUGAUAUGGACGAGGAAGAUGGAGAUACUCAGCAUAAGAAGUCUCUGAGAUCCUCAAAGGGGAAAGGAAGUCGAACAAAGUCUGUUGAUGCUUUGAAUUCAUUUGAUAGGGAAGAAACAGUUCCCGUGAAGGAGACAGAUGGUGGAAACUGGCAAGCAUUUCAAAAUUAUUUACUUAGAGAUGCUGAAGAGGAAGAACGUAGAACUGACCAAGGCAUGUUUUCAGUAGAAAAGGAGGUUCGAGGUAAGAGAAGACCAACUAGAGUUAGUGAAGACCCAUCAGUUUUUGGGGGACGAAUGAGUCAAUACGAAGAAGAGAAUACAACUGACAUGGAUAAAAUAAGUGCAAGUGGCUCUCGCAUGCCUAAAGCAUCAAAUGAUCAGUCUUGGAUUUCUGGAAGAGGUGUUCACUCUGCUGAUGGUAGGAUUUUCAUGGGUGGUCAAAUGGAUUUACAUUCUAAAGAAAUAGAUGGCAGGAGGGUGUAUAGGAGGACCACAAAUGAUGACUUCAUUAUAGAUAGACAACAGAAUCAGUCAGAUUUUAUGAAUUCUCCAUCAAAUCCACUGGCUGUUAAUGGGUUUGAACAUUCAUCCAAUAGGUUGGAAAAAGGAUCAUCAAAUAAUAUAGAUGAUGAUUCCUACAUAGUUCCAUUCAGGUCAAGUUCAGUCACUCAAGUUGGAACUGAUGAUCGCAAUGCUAUCAAUAUGGAUUCUGAGUUCUCGUUGUCACUUCAAAAGGCAGAAAAUAUAUCUAAUAGGGUUGGGAGCCAGAUCAACUAUGAACCAGAUGAUUUGACAUUGAUGCCUGAGCGUGGAGCAGAAAUGGGAUCAAUUGGUUAUGAUCCUGCUUUGGAUUAUGAAAUGCAGGUUCGUGCUGAAGAUGGUACUUCACUGGAUAAGAAAAAUAAAGAGGGCAUGCAGGGGUCUAAGAAGUCAGACAAGGACCGAAAAUCAAAACUCAUUGCAGAUCCUUCUGAUAAAAAGAAGGUUGUUGGGCCAAUAAGGAAAGGAAAACCUUCAAAACUGAGUCCUUUGGAUGAAGCAAAAGCCCGGGCUGAGAGGCUAAGAACCUAUAAAGCUGAUCUUCAGAAAAUGAAGAAAGAGAAGGAAGAGGCAGAGAUUAGACGACUGGAAGCAUUGAAGAUGGAGAGACAAAAAAGAAUUGCUGCUAGAGGCAGUUCUGGUCCUGCUCAGUCAUCUGUGGCUGCGCAAAGCAGGAAACAAUUGCCGUCAAAACUUUCCCCAAGCUCUCAUAAGGGAUCAAAGUUUACUGAUGCUGAGCCUGGAUCCUCAUCACCACUGCAAAGAUCCAUCAGGACUGGUUCUGUGGGAUCAGCUGAUUCUCACAAAGCCUCCAAACCCAGUAAAUUGAACACUGGAACCCAUUCCAGUGGAAAUAGAUUAAGCCAUUCAGUUUCAUCACUGCCUGAACCUAAGAAAGACAUCAGCAGUAUAACUCCCGAUGCAAAGGCAUCUAUGGCAAGCAUUAGGAGAUUAUCAGAGCCGAAAACAAGUAGCAGCCCACAUGUUUCCUUGGUGAAGUCACGGAAGUCUGAACCAUCAUCCAAAACAAAAGUACCUGGAAGGCUUGAAAGCAAAAAAAUGUCUGCAAUUAUGAACCAUGAUAAAAGUAUGAUUGCAUCUCUUCCGGAGCUCAAAAUUAAAACAACCAAAGCCCCUGCUGUCACCCACAAUAAAUCAGGAGGAAAUGAAAUACCUCAGAAGGUGAAUGGAAGUAUUUCUUCUGCCACCAAUGUUACUGAACCAAAUAGGAACAAGGACAAAGUUUCACUACGUAUUGAUGAGAAUGACAGUACAGUAAUUGAGAAAACUGUUGUGAUGCUUGAAUGCCAAAAGCCCUCCAUUCCCACAGUAAACUCAUCAGAAGGAACUACAGCAGAGCCGAAGGAAAAUGAUGGCAUCUUUAAAAUAGGGAGGAAAACUGAAAUGGUAUCAGAUUAUGCUGCCAUUAGUCCACCAGUUUCUUCACUGAAUGAAGACCAUAUACAGCAAAGACCACAAGCUUAUGAGGUUCAAAAGGGAAAUGUGAGUAACACCGAGAAGGAAUCAUCAAAAUUUACGAGCUCAAGUGCUACUGAAAACCCUUAUCAAGCCCCAUUUGCUCGGGUCUCUUCUUUGGAAGAUCCAUGCACUGAAAUUUCAGAGUAUGGCAGGGCACCUCCAAUUAGCACGCAGGCUGCAGCAACAGAGUCAGAGAGUGUUAGAGCUCUUGUUGCCAAUACUAAGAACUUGAAACUAGAAAAGAUUCCCGAAGUGUUGGAUAAGCCUCAGGUAAAGGAGUCAUCCAAAGGGUUUCGACGGCUGUUGAAGUUUGGAAGAAAGAAUCAUAGCUCAGCUACAAGUGAACAUAGUAUGGAUCCAGAUAGUGUCAGUGUUAAUGGUUCUGAGGCUGAUGAGUUGGUUGCAAACACUGCCUCUUCUAGUGAAGUUCAUACAUUGAAGAAUCUGAUCUCUCAGGAUGAGACCCCGACAGCCGGCAAUACCCCACAAAAGUCUUCACGCUCAUUCUCCCUGUUGUCCCCAUUCAGAAGCAAGAAUAGUGAGAAGAAGUUGACUGCUUUAUGAUGAAGGUGAAGUGGCAAAGCUGGUUUUUUCUAUGGAUUUGGUUGUGAAUUGUUACAUAUAUUUUUUUAAAAUUUAUUUUUCGUUACCGCAAUGUGAAAAAAUAGGUACCCAUUAAGAAUAUUUUUGUAAAAAAAGUUCUUUCUGCAGCCACAUUCAUUGGUUAAUGUUCUUAAACUGUUUUGGUAUGUUGCGACUUCUCCACGUGAUUAUAUAUAUACUUUUUUUCAUUUCUUGUUUGUAUCCAUAGAUUUCUGCCAUUGUUUAUUUGUGAGGUCUAUUCUGUGUGAGAAAAAAUAGAAUUUAAUCCAUCUGCUGCUCCUAUUAGAUUGUUGCCAUUUCCAUUUUAUUCUGAAAGUUAAAAAAAAACAAAACAAAACAAAACCCCUUUUGGUUGCAAUUUGGGGUUCAU